AGAACCGGUACUGGCCGGUACGUUUUGCAAAAUUUGUAUGGUUAUAUGUUUUUGUAACGUCGUGUUUAAGUUAUUUGAGAAAAUUUCUAAUUAAACAGGAAAAAACGAGAUUUAUUGAACUUAUACAAUUGUAAGACAUUUUAUGCUAAAUAACUGCAAAAAAAGAUAAAAAUGUCUGAAGACAAAGCAGCAAUAACAGAAGAUAUGUGGACUCCGUAUAAAGAGCUGCAAAGUCUUGUUGAAAAGUAUGUAAUAUCAGUUCCUGAUAUUCAGGAUCCACAAUAUCAUGAAUUUACAGAAGCUUUGCGAAAUCAUAGACAAAACUUUCUUACUAUCCUCAAAAAUCCAGUAACCAAAAAUGCAAAGAGUCGUGAAGAAAAAAAAGGAGUCACAGAUGGUAUAAUGUUACCUGGUUUGGGUCAUCAAAUAUUAUCAAAGGAAUUAGUAGAUGAGACUCUCAUUAUAUCAGAUAUGUAUGACUUAAAUGAAUUUAUGGCAUUGGACCUCCUUUGUACCGCUCAACUACAAAUGCCAUAUCAUCCUGGAUUAACACGUGGUUUAACAGCUGUCCUCUUAUAUUAUGAUGGAAGGAAAGCAUUGACCUCAGUAUUAAGGACAUUAGUACACGCUCGUAUUGGUCAUAGUUGGGCAGUUGAUACACCGGUUGCUCUUACCAGAUAUAUCACAGAUUAUACAAAUAAAUUGCAAGAAGAUGGCCUGUUGAACAGGAUAUUGUCUUUGAUAGAUGAAAUGGAUCCUACCAAGGAACAAGAUUUGCUGCAACAAAAUAGAGCAUUAGGUGGAGCUAAACAUCAUCAGAUGGUUAUGAAACUUUACAAUGAUACACGACAAGAUUUGGCUGAUAUCUUGUACUUAUGGUCCGCUCAGUCAUCUAUACCGAAUAUAAUUUUGUUUCGCCUAUUAUCUAUAUUGCAAACACGUCAAGUAGAAUCCGAAGCAGGCGAAGGAGGACCUGACAGAGUUACACUUGCACUCAUUAUGGCUGUUUUGAAUGCUUUCAAUUUUAGUUUCUUACACAGUCGUGAAAACGGCGAAGAAUUAAUUAAUUCAAUGCCACUGAUAGCAGAGAGAGAAGCACUAGAAGAACUGACUCAAAAGUUAAUAUCUACCAACAUAAAUUGGGAGAGUGCUGGAUUACGAGGAGUGAUACAAUUUGCUUUAGCAAUAGCUAUGAUAACAAUUAAAUCAACUACUGCUCAUUUUCAAUCUCAAAGUAUCAUUCCAGAGGACGACAUAUUAGAAGCUGCCUUGGCUAACAAAGCUUUUCAUUUUAUGGCAGAGGUUCUAUUCAAAAAUAGUUCUAUACAUCAAGAAGAAUUUUACUUUCGCUACUUUCAUACACUUAUUUCCGACUUUAUAUUACUAAUGCCUGUCAAAGUCAAAGAAUUACGUAGUCGAGCCGAUGAAUCCAUGCGUUUGAUUCAAGCAUUCCAGCAAGAAGGCAUUGAACCUCCAAUGAAUCUAGAUAAUCAUUUUGAAUACUUAAUGCUAAUGGUAGCGGAACUGUAUAAGAAAGAUCCAUUGAAAUUAAAUUUAGCCAUGGAUUAUUGGUGUCAUCAUACUGACACGACUCAUGUAUCGCCUCCUGCGUACAUCAGCCGUUUGCCCUCGAGACAAGUUGCUUUGUUUAAAUUUAUACGACUUGCCGGAGAGAUAUUACCAGCAGGUUUAUUUGUUCCAUACAUGAAGAUGAUAGCUUCUCUCGCUUCAUCGCCGCAAACUGCUAGAUAUGCGUUCAAUUUCUUUAAACCCAACGGUUCAUCGGGUUCAGCAACAAUCUGCUGGGAUCACUUCUUCAAUUCCUUAAGUCGAUACUAUUACAAUUUAAGGCAGGAAUUGCCUCCUAGUCAGGAUACGGUAUACAGGCAAAGAUGUCAUCCGAAAGGAAUCAUGCCGCAGGAGGUGAAAGGUCUCGAAGCAGUGCUGUUGGUUGUUCAAGUGAUAGCUAAGAAUGAUGAAAUGUCAAGAGUCGCGAUAUACGAUCAUCCGAGCUGGAAAAUUUUGCAGUCUCUGAUCGGUUUGGUGAGCUGCGCAAUGCCGAUACCACUAAAAGGUGUGUUAGUGAGAACUCUUGCGGCACUUGCCCGAUCUCCGGAGAGUUCCUCCAGUGUUUGGCAAAGUUUAGAAGCCGCUCAGAUUCUCUCGACCAUACCUACGACGAGCAGCUAUCAGCCGAGAGGCGUGCAAACGGAACUAGAAGAGAUCGAAUCCAGGAACGAAGAGUAUCCGUUAACGCGCGCGAUGUUAGAACUAUUAGAUGUGCUCACCGAUUUCCCGAUACCGCGUUUGUUGGGUGUAGGUCAACGAAAUCCAGGAUUCGAUCCGUAUCUACAUUUCAUUAUCAAUACUGUCUUUCUACGAUUUCAUACUCGUUCGUAUAAGAAUCCGGCCGAGAAGUGGAAGAUCGCGGAAGCCUGCCUCAAGAUAUUCUCGAAGUUAGUGAAACAAUACGAACCGACUGUCGAGGAUUUUGUGGGAUGUAAGGUCGAGUUACAAGGUGGUGAAACUACGUUGGUCAAUUCUGCUCCGGGAUAUCACCUUAUGACUCAAUUGCACACCACGUCUGAAUUAUUGCACGUGAUAUUGUACAUCCUGGACGAAGGUUGCAAUCAUUUUGACACUUACGACAGCUUUCCGGGUAAGAAGUAUUUGGAAAAUUGCAGCUUUCAUUGCUUGGAGAUAUUAGAGCGUGGACUAAAGACACAAAAUAAUUAUAUGACGCAGUUGACUACCAUACCUUCGAUAAACAAAAUCAUGACCGGAUUGUCGCGUUUGCUGCUCGGAGUAAAUCCUCGCACUGCCAAGCCAGAUCACAUGAUCAACAUCGUCAAGUACGUUUCUUAUAAUUCGUGGCUACCGAAGCAAGCUUUCGUAGCUGUUGGCGUCAUUCAUGGCGUGACCAACGAACCUGGAGCAGAUUCUGAAUUGUUAUCGACAUUCACGGCGACUUCUGUUUUAACGACAAAUGUUAGGCACGGCUUCGUCGAGUGUUUAGACGCGGACAAUGAUUUGGAGGAAGACGACUUGGAGUUGACAGCCACCAGCGAUCAAAGCAGGCAAUUGCAGACUGGAAAUUGUAAGGAGAGAAUUCUAUUGUUGCUGAUGCACAGUAACCGGCCUGCACCCAAUCUUGCGCAUUACUUACUCGGCUUUGACAUAACUAAGGACAUCAGGAAGACCGUUAUUCAGCAACCAGGGAUCCUGGGCUUCCCGCGUACUUGUUUACACUCCAUCUUAGGCAUUCUGGAGCAAUCUCUGGAUUCCGGGCGCGACAAGAUAACCGAAGCUUGUUAUUGCUAUCUCCAUACAUUGACGGCUAAUAGCAAAACAUCGACACCUGUUCUGAGAUUUCUACGUACCACGAGCAACCAAGACUUCGUUCAAAGACAUCUGUCCAAAUUACCGUUUCAAGAACCGAACAAAUCGAUCGAGCUCGGCUGCAUGUCUUGGUUAUUGAAGAUAGCAGCCAUCGAAUUGCGAGUCGCCGGUGGUGGUUUGCAGACCUCUUUGAUUCAACGAUUGGUGGGGAGUUUCAAUCAAGAUAAGGAUCAGAUCGUGCUCUCGCAGAAGCUGCUAAUGGACCUUUUACAUUAUAUCGACUUCCAACUGUAUCUGGAGCCCGCGAAAUCCUGGGAAUUCUUCGAUCCGUCGCAAAUCGAGGUAGUUUUAGGCAAGUGUAGCACUCCUGUCGCCUUGAUGGGCGGUCCACGGCUCAUCGACAUCAGAAAACUGCAUUCUCUCAUCACCGAGGAAUUAACAGUUACGCAGAGUAGCGCGACUGCUACUCAACGCAAGCUCAUGCAGCAGGAAGUCAAAUCCAUACUUGCGCAUGCAUUAAAGAAAAAUCAGACCAAGGUUCUGUCUUACGCAACCGUGAAAUUCGUAGAGGGCUGGUGCCAAACUACAGAGAUCCUCUUCUCCGUCGCGACCAAUCAACAACUGCCGGUGACGCAAAGGCAGAAUCUCUUACUGAAUUUGUCGCAUGAUUUACUGCAGAAGAUGACGUCCUGCGAGGCCCUGAGCGAGAUUAAGACCCUGGUAUCCGGCACGGUUCUGAUGCUAUUAGUAAACUUGCGAAAUAGUUUCGUGAUUCAGUCGGACAACGAAUUACUGCCAUCGUCACCGUCGAAUACGACGAUGAUGAAGAUCAUUUUGAAUCAUAUCUUACAAUGGAUCAUAAACGCCGGCGCUUCCUCGCAGAAAGUCGUGACGCAUCUUUACGCGGCCCUAUUGAACUUCUUGAGCAUCGUUGGCUUAGAAAAAUCAACCGAACACGUAAGCGCGAUCGACUCAAUGUACAUCAGCCAGCUGGAUAAUUCGUUGAACCGACUCAUGCCUGUACAGGAACGUUCGCAACGUUAUGCGACGAUUCAAGUUAUUAACAGUUUCGGGAAUCAACUGAUGGAUAUUUUAUGCCACAAUUGCUCAGGUGGACACGACGUGUGCAAAAUGCUUGCACUGUCUUGCCUAGACAAGAUUCUGGAAUUGGAUUACGAUAAUGCGUGGAUGAUUUACCUGGCGAGCAGAGGUUACUUGAAGCACAUGAUAGACAGCCUAUUGGAAUCGGAUAAUUUGCUACGAUGUAUGUUGCAGUCGGAACCACAAACACUGCGACCUUUGUACCUGUACGAGGCGAAGAUGGAUUUUUGCAGAAUGGCCUCAACAAGAUUAGGCGCGGAGAGUCUUUUGGAGAACAAGGUUUUAUUCUGCAUGUCCAGUAUGUGCGUGUUCGAUCAGCAUCCUGACGUACACGUAGGUUUCGAGGGUGGCGAUUACUCGUUCAUACCUUCAGUCGGGCAACGCUAUCAACAAAUCUUCCUGCCGGCUUUGUACCUCUGCGAUGCUCUGUUCACCACGUUAGGAACGGAGAAUCAAUCGUGCGCCGUACAAGUCUCCGGCUUUCUGCAGAGUCACAGGGAUAUUGUGGAGAUGGCUUUAAGAAACGCAUUCUUGAAAGCAAACGUGCUUUUCUUGAAAGAGAUCGCGUGCCUCACUGGUGUAAUAUCCAGAUCUGCCAAUAUAGAUAUGUACAAACUUGUGGAUGAUGAAUUGGCGAAGAUAAAUAUAGAUGAUUACAAAUUGGAGAAUAGUACUGGAAUGAGAGAAUUACGGGCGCAUUUGUAUCGGCUGCAGAAGUUGAUGCUAUCAUUGUUGUACAGAUUUCAGAUUUCAGAGUCGAUUCCAAUGAAUCAUAAUUACCAACAAGCUGAAGCAAAUCAGCAAUAUAUUUCUUGUAUACAGAUUGUCGCCAACGUCUUGCUCUACACGCGUAAUCAGAUGCAGCACAGUUGCAUGGAUCAGAAAAUACGAAAUGUGCUGUUUGAUCCUUAUUUAACGCGGAAAUCAGGAGGAAGACAAGAUAAAAUGAAAGACACUUCCAGUGGGAUGCAUUUAGGCAUGAUAGUUGAACAGUUGGAAUCUGUAACAAAGUUACUACACACCGAACUAUCGCAUAUUGAUUCUCUAAUAAAGAAAUCGCAAGUAGUAAGCGACAUGAGUACAGCAGAAUUAAAGAAGUUUAUGUCUGAAAGCGAGAUGGAACUUGAUAUAGGAAAACAACGAAUACUUGUCGAACAAAGAUUGAAUCGUUGGGUAAAGGAUAAACGACAAAGUAUAAAAUAUUGUUCUCUUAUAAUAGAACAUGCUUUAUAUAUUCUCUGGAGCCAUUUGGAUUUUUAUACUAUGCAAGUGAUAUCACGACAAACUCAAAGAAUGCAUGUGUCUUCAAGCGGAAUUGAUGAAAGUAUGAUAGAAUGGAAAGUCUCAAUGGAAACAUUAAUGGAACUGAAGCAAGGACUCGUUUCUAUAUUUACGGAUGCUUUUAUUACACAAUUAUUGGACACAACGCAUACCGAAUAUGCAACAGUAGAUCGUAGUUUUAUUGAAGCUCUUAUAAGACGAAUUAAAAGAUUAUUACAGUUUAUAAUUAUAAAGUGAAGAACUACAAAAUUUUUGUUUACACUGAUAGUUUCAAUUUUGUUAAUUAUCUCACAACCUCAAUUACAUUUUCUUCAUAUCUAGCAUACUGUUUAUAAUUUAAAUAUGUAUUUUUAUAUCAAUUUGUAUACUUAACCACCAUUUUGUUAUGUAAAAAGUGGACUGUAUUUAUAAUAAAUAUGAAGAAUGUACUUCGUCAUUAUAA